UGCCAGAAACUAUUUGACCAUAGACAACAUGUGACAGUUGUUUGAAAAAAACAGGUGACAAAAACCGAGCGCAAAUUACAAAAAAUCACUGAAUUUAUUUUUCCUUGAAAUAUCCAAAAGUGCAACGAUGAACAUUUGUUUACAUUAGGAGUGUACAGUUUCGAUUGAACUCUAAAUAAUGAGUGUGUAUUUUCUGUAUUCAACCUUUAUUGUUUGAUAACAAGGAUGUAUACAUUGAAGGGAAUAUUUCCCGAACCCAAAAAAGAACAUAAAAAGAAUUUCAUCAGGGAAAACAUGAAACAACUGAAGUUUAUUCAGGGGAAGUCCCCAAAAGAGCCAAAGUUCACACUGAAGAGCGUCCACCCGCCGCGGCUGGCCAGUGGCGUGGCUGCUGGCAACUCCUUAGGCCAAGUCAAGUCGUCGCCGUCCAACAAAAGCGGGAAAGUUUCUCUAAACGUUGGCAAAACCAGUUCUACUAACUCUCGUAAGAAAUAUGCAGAUGUAAGAAUAAAAAAAGGUGACAUGGCAGAGUUUUUAAAAAGAAAAGAACUGAGACAAGCGAAACCAGCGGAAGAAUCAGAAAAUGAGGAAGUUAAGUCGUCAGAAUCAUCUGGUCGCCUUCGUGACAUUGGUUGCCAGACUGUCGAGUCCAACCUUGCUCAGAAGCUAGCUGACAGUGCCAAGUUGACGAUGCUAUAUCCAAAAAAAGAAGGAGACCAAGAUUUGGAGGCCAAAAUGAAGGCAAGCGGAGACACCGGGCUGCACAGGAGUUCUCCCUCUUCACAUUCACCUCGACGAACAAGUGAAGAUACUAUGGAAAUGGAGAGGAAUCGCAGUAGGCUUAAUGCCAUCUUAGAAAGGAAAGACAACAAAGAUCCUUAUUUACCAUCAGGCUAUCAAAAAGGUGUGUUGCCUAAGUAUUUGCGGGACCGCAAGGACCAGAUCCCAAAGGAGGCUGAAGGGGCAAAAGCUGAUGAUGAUCAAGCUGUAUGCCCACCCGGCCAUGUGACAUUACCAGACACAGAAAGAAAGGAGACAUUGCGCAUGCUAAGAAAUAGUUUUGCCGAGUUAGUAAGCGAACUAAACAAAAUGCCAGUUAAGACUGACACAUUGAGGAUGCGGAAUAGGAAAAUGGAGCUUGAAAAGCAACUCGCCAAGCUUGAGGAAGGCAUCAAAGUCUUCUCUAGACCUAAGGUUUUUGUCAAGAUAGGAGAAUGAAGUUAUUUUAGUCAAACCUGGGCACAUGCCUGGGGUAGUUGUAUUACGUCCAGUAUAUUACAUCUAAAUUCAAAGUUGACAAUGCUGGCAUACAAUUCAUAAAUUCUUGUGAUCUCCAUAUGAGUAAGUUAAUUUCUUGUAUGUUAGUUUAAUUUAAUGUUGUAUGUUAUGUACUGAAUUGUUGUAAUUAAUAUAAUGGUAUAUUUUGUAUGGUU